AUGCUGAAACGGCUGGACGAACCGGUCGUGUUAGACUGGAAAGCUUUAGUGAGAUGUUUCCUCAAAGCAGGCUUGGCCAGCGCUCUUCUCCUGCGAGUGUGGACGAUAUUGACGAGAGGAGGAGCGGAUGCCGCUUUGACGGCGGCAAAGAGCCAGCGAUGGUUUCUGCUCCAGAAAUGGUUCUUUGCUUCGAAUCAUCAAUCGCUUGGUUUCGGUGCUGUCGUUGGUGUCGUCUCGUUUGCGCUCGCGUUCGCCGCGCUUUUCGUGAUCUUGGAGAAGGAAAGGAUGGAGCGAUAUCGAUUGGUGUCCGCGAUGGAGGCUCGAGAUAUAAACUCGAGGUUCGCGGACGUGGACGGGGUGAGCGUGCACCAUAAAUAUUUUACUUCUUCUUCUUCAAAAGAAAAGGCCGAGGAGGACGAGGACGAGGAGUCCUCCGGGGUGUUGUUUUCUAUGGCGCACGGGUUCGGAGCGAACACGUACUCGUACGAAAUGGCGUUCGUGGAUAAGCUUUUAGAGAUGGAAAAUGCGAAUGAUAAGAAUAAUAGUGUUGGGAUAGUAUGUCACGAUAGCGUUGGAUUUGGAUUAACGGAGCGACCGAGAACGGAUUUGAUAAAGUAUACGAAAGUGUUCAACGCCAAAUGUUUGAAGGCGAUGGCGAGGAAAUACGCGGGUAAGGGGAAGAAAAAGAAGAAAGUUGUGUACGUCGGUCACUCGUUAGGGACGAUCGCGGCGACUUUAACGACGACGUUGGAGGGUGAUGGUGAUAAUGAUACUACGAAGCCGGCGGCGAUUGUUUUAAUCGCGCCGGCGAUUUUAGUCAAGAAAGAAAAGGAACAAAAGACGACGCUCGACGGAGAAAAUGAAGAAGUAGCAAAGAAAAAACCGAUACCGAAAAAGAAAAUCGUCGCUCCGGACGACGAGUUUUACGACGAGGAGUUGUUUAAUCGCGUGGUCUUAUCUUCCUUGAAAGCUCUUUUGGGAUGGAUUAAGUCUUCCUUAUUCAACCUUUUGGCGAAACCUCUCUUAUACGUGCUCUUGCGAACGAUCGUUCGCUCGAAACAGUUUUGGCGAAACGGUUUAUCCAACGUCGUGGCGAAAUCGAAAGCAUCUUUGGUGGAUGAGUCUUGGAUCGAUGGCUAUCGGCGCCCGCGGUUGGUGCAAAACUGGGACCUCGGAAUGAUUAAUUUCGUCUCCGCCAGUCUCAACGAUUUAGGCGCUGACCUCAAAGCCAUCUUUCGAAGGCACAUGCGCAUUUACGCGGACAAACCGAAUGAAUACGACGUAUCCAUGAACCCAAUGGACGCUUUGAAAAAGAGCGCGUGGGAAAAAAACAUCCCAAUCUUAAUCGUUCACGGCAACGAAGAUAAAGUCGUCCCGAUCUCCAACUCGGUAAACAUUUACAACCGAUUGAUAACCGCUCCAAAUGUCGAGAAGGAGAAGAACGAGAUGAUGGAAAUCCCAUCUCAGGCUUCUUCUUCUUCUUCUUCUUCUUCUUCUUCUUCUUCGAAGUUGCAACAAUCUCCUCCUCCUUUGACGAAAUUCGUCGUCAUGGAAAACACCGGUCACUGCCCGCACGAAGAAGAUCCGGAAACGCUCGCGAGUGUCGUGCGUGACUUUUUGAGAGAAGCGAGCGUGAUGUAA